AUGGCCUCCACUCGCUCUUUGAUGCGCUUGGGUUCCGGACGCUUGGUGGCCUCGACUGCCCGGACCAUGGCCCCCCGCGCCUUUUCCUCAUCUUCACUGCAAUACAAGGCGUCGGCCUCGCCGGAGCCUGCAAACAUGCGCCAGGCGCAAAGGCCUCCCCAGGGUCCUCUCCGUGCCCCCGUCCUCAACCCUGCCGACAAGUAUCAGGACCGUGCCGAAAACCUCCACACCUAUGGACAGUACAUCAUGUCUUGCCUUCCCAAAUACAUCCAGCAAUUCACCGUCUGGAAGGAUGAACUUACUGUUUACACUGCUCCUGCUGGUGUCAUCCCCGUCAUGAGCUUCUUAAAGAACCACACUGCCUCAGAGUACACCCAGGUCUCGGAUAUUACUGCUGUCGAUUUCCCCAGUCGUGACCAACGCUUCGAGGUCGUUUACAACUUGCUCAGUGUCCGCUACAACUCUCGCAUCCGUGUGAAGACCUAUGCCGACGAAGCCACCCCAGUUCCCAGUGUGACUGGGCUUUACGAGGGUGCUUUGUGGUACGAACGUGAGGUCUACGAUAUGUUCGGUGUCUUCUUCACCGGUCACCCCGAUCUGCGCCGUAUUAUGACCGACUACGGUUUCGAUGGCCACCCCCUGCGCAAGGACUUCCCCUUGACUGGUUACACCGAGCUGCGUUAUGACGAAGAGAAGAAGCGCUGCAUUAUCGAGCCCCUUGAGCUUACCCAAGCUUUCCGCAACUUCGAGAGUGGCUCCACAUCAUGGGAGCCUGUUGGUGCUGGUGAGAGCCGCACACCCGACUCGUUCAAGCUUCCCACUCCCAAGCCCGAGGCGAAGGAGGAAGAAAAGAAAUAG